GAAUGAAAAGAGAACGGAACCCUGUAGUUCCGGUUUGUGAUGUCAUUUUUCUAUGCAUGCAGUUGAGUCGAACACAUUUAAAGUGUAUAUUUUUCAUAGAUAUUACUACCGGCUGAUCAGUUUUGUGUUUGCAGUAACCAGACUAGAAGUGUAACCUGCCCGCUACGACAACAUGGGUAUCCUGGAGAAAAUAGGAGAGAUAGAGAGAGAGAUCUCUCGAACACAGAAAAACAAAGCCACGGAGUACCAUCUGGGCCUGCUGAAGGCGAAGCUAGCGAAGUACCGCGCCCAGCUGCUGGAACCGUCCAAGACCGCAGGAGCCAAAGGAGAGGGCUUCGAUGUCAUGAAAUCUGGAGACGCACGUGUUGCUCUGAUUGGCUUCCCCUCCGUCGGAAAGUCCACCUUCCUCAGUCUGAUGACAGCAACAGCCAGUGAAGCAGCUUCCUAUGAGUUCACCACCCUGACCUGUAUCCCUGGAGUCAUAGAGUAUAAUGGAGCCAACAUCCAGCUGCUGGAUCUGCCAGGAAUCAUAGAAGGAGCUUCCCAAGGUAAGGGUCGAGGUCGGCAGGUCAUUGCUGUUGCCAGGACAGCAGAUGUGGUCAUCAUGAUGCUGGACGCCACCAAGGGAGACGUACAGAGGUGUGUGUUCUGUUGUUAGUACUCGCAGCUAGUUAGUUACUGCUAAACCAUCUAGUGUGUGUUUCCCUGUACUGUUCUGUCUGUCCCACCUGGUUAGUCAGUGUGUUCUGUCUGUCCCACCUGGUUAGUUAAUGUGUUCAGUCUGUCCCACCUGGUUAGUCAGUGUGUUCUGUCUGUCCCACCUGGUUAGUCAGUGUGUUCUGUCUGUCCCACCUGGUUAGUUAGUGUGUUCUGUCUGUC